AUGAAAUACCCAACUCCAACAUUAACCAUAGGAGCAAGCUACCAAGGGGGCACGGCGACAACAACUCUACCCAUGGACAGCCAUAUGCUCGACGGGCUGGGGAUUUAUGGCGAGCAUGUUGACAACAGUACGCUUCUGCGCGCGUCUCUUGGUUCCGACAGCCAUCCUGCACACUCGGUAUCCUACGAAAACACCACCCCGUAUCUGUCUCCGGGUUAUUCCAGCACUAGCACGCACAGUCCAUCCAUGUCGAGUGACUACUUGGCGCAAGGCCUGCCCGAAUCGAACAUCCCCGUCAACUGGGUCAUGUCGCCUGACCGGGAAUUCGACAACAGCUUGGCUCAGAAUACGUCGAAUCCUGGCUUCGGGACGCACGCCAAUGGCUUUUAUCAUCAGACCGGCCAUCACGGCCAUCACCUUGCAGCAGCAGCAGCGGCGGCGGCGGCGGCGGCGGCGGCGGCAGCAGCAGCGUCGGCCGAAAGCCGGGCACAAUGGCCGGCCUUGUCUAGCCAGCUCAGCAAUGCCAUGGAGCAACCGAGUCCCUACAGAGGUGCGGAAUCUCUCGUCGAUGGGCAAAGUCAGCUGACAGCGGCUUCGAUGUCGUAUUUCUUGCUCGAUUCCGAGCACGGUCAAGCCAUGUCCACCUCGGACAGCUUGAGUGAUAUGACGUGCGGAGCGACAGACGACGGAGACACCGACCAUGUUUACGGUAACCGGAAGCUGCGCCCUCCUCCCCCUCCUCGCCCCCCCCCUCUUCCUCAAGCUGUGCUUGGACAAGCAGGCUGCCCGGCCAUUCGAGUCAGCCACGAUGCCCAUUCGCAGCCAUCAUUAUCAACGGGGAACAAGCCGAACCAGCAGCACAGGAACGGCCAGAUGUCGGCGAAGAGGGGCCUGGAUUGUAAACCUUGCAAGAGGUCGUUUUCAAACCAGCAAGAGCGCGACUUGCACAACAUGGAAUGUCAGUCAUUGCCGUGCCUGUUCCUGUUUGCAGGAUGCCCGUCCAGGUGCAGAGGGAAGAAUGAAUGGAAGCGUCAUAUCAAGACGCAGCAUCUUCUUUCGCGGCCGUUUGUGUGCCCGGAUUGCACCGACAAGGUGUUUAACCGAAAGGACUUGUUUACCCAACACUACAUACGCAUGCACAAGCCAGAAGACUCUGGCUUGCAGGGCAAGCAGCAGCGGGGCGAUUUCGACGAGAUGCUUCGACUGAAGCAAGGCCAAGCACAAGUGGGUGAGACGACGGGAUGCCCCACGGCAGGCAGGUGCUUGAUUUCAGGCUGCGGGCACACGUUUUCCGAGCCGCACUCCUGGGACCAGUGCUUGGAGCACGUAAGCAAGCACCUGGAGUGCGUGGCGAGACGGGAGGAGGACGCUCGACCGUACGACUUUACAUCCGAGCAGCUGCGAUACUUUGUAGCCCUCGGGGCUAUAGAGCGCACCGCGCACGGAUGGCUUCUGGGGAAGCAGUCCAACGGGGAGCGUGCUCGCAGGAACAAGAAGAAGAUUAGCAGGGGGGCAGCCGACAAGAAGACCCGAGGGACGAUGACCAAGGAUAGGAGAGGGAGAAGAAGGUAG